GGCCAGCGGCGUGUGGCGUGCUGCGGCAGCGUGGUCUCCGGCUGCUCCCGUGGUGCGCGUGUCCUGAGGAUGGAUGACUGUCCUGUUAGUUGUAGGGCUUAGAAAAUCACGACCACUCCUACUCCCUAGUUUUGGGAUUUGGAGCAUUUUUGUGCAGCCUAGAACAUGUGAGGGAUGGAAGAAGAAGAAAGGGCGUGGGGCGGAGACGUUAUCCAAGACUACCACGUGGAUUCCUGGAUUACUUCGGAGAAACAGGUGUGUUUUAAAGACGAAGGGCCACUCACCAUCACCCAUUGUGGUAGUUCUGCAGACAGCCUGGUCUGACUUCCUUCCCGCAAGCACCCCACUUGGGUCUCUUGCCGUUCCUGUGUUGAGGCGACCCCGUCAUGGCUGAGAGAGCGCUGGCACCCACCCAGCUAGGCCGGGGGGACCGCUACUACACAUACACAGAGCUGCUGGCCAUCUCAAGGCGCUUCAAGCAGAACCCCAAUGAGCUCAUGAUCACCUGGAUCCUAAGAGUGUAUGACCAGGGAGGCCCUGCCCUGUCCCUAAAUUCGGGGGAGCUGGGGUUGCUGGGUGACCUGACCCAUGAUGCUAUCUUCAACUACCGCUGCAAGGCCCUGCGCGGUGGCUGCCAGACACUGCUCAGCUGGCUGCGCAAGGCUUGGCGCCAGCGCUGGGAAUCCUCCCUGCACUUUGAGGCCACCGAGCUGCCCUUCCGGCCCUGGACCACCAUGGAGGAGGGCAUCCAACUGGUGCGUGAGCUGGGCAUGCUAGAGUGGAUCUACCGUGAGCCUGCUGAGCCUGAGGAUGUGGCUCCAGAGGAUGUGGCCUUCACACAGGGUCUGCAGCGGCGCCUACUCACAGCAGCACCUUCGGAGCUGCGGCUCUCACUGGUCAGCCUGUUGGUUAAGGGUAUGACUGUGCUGGAGGCAGUAAUGGAGAUCCAGACCAUUGCUGAUGUCGGCCUGCUCUGGCGCCAGAGCCAGCCUGGACGCACCAAGCUCAUGCUGGGGCCUAACCCAACACGCAAGGACCUCUUGGGUUGGUUGAUUAGCCAUGGCGUGCCCCGUGAGCAGGUGGACAGACAGCCCACCAAGGUCCUCCUGGAGCUGUAUAUCAGAGAGGCCAAGCGUAGCCGUGGCCAGCCCAACUAUGGGCUGGGUGAGGAGCAUCCCCCACCACCCCCUUACUCAGACCAGGCCGGGGAAGAGCCGCCUGUGCACCAUGACUAGCCCUGGAUUGGCUCCUUCCGACAGGUAGACAGGCAGCCUGAGCCACUGGGAGACAAGACCAGUGCCUUCCCCGUGUACCUAUAUACAGCACUUAAUACCACAAUGUGGGGCCCUGGAGAGAGGGGUACCUUUGUUCCCAGCUACCAUCUGUACAAGGAAUGAACCACAAGUGUCCACCUGUCUUGAAGGUGGGUGUUAUGGCCCCCUGGGAAUUGAGUUGUACUUGGUGGCUACAGUUGGGUCCCUGACCCACUGCCACUACAGGCCACUUUUAAUUUUUUACUUUUUUGUUUUAUAGUUUUUUUCAAUGCAACAUUUUUACUUAAUAUUUUAAGCAUAUGUAACACUACAGUUGUAAUUGGGAGGGCUUGAAAGCUUUACUGAAUAUUUUAUUUUUAAGCAUAUAACACUUUAGGGAGGGUUGGUUCCUCUUGUAAAGGCUUAGCGUCUUAAAUUUUUUUUUAAUGCAACAUUUUUUACUUUGUAUUUUAUUUUGAGCAUGUGCACUUUAGUUUUAGGUGGGGCCAGGGUCCCUUUCCUAAAGAUUUUCCUCUGAAGACCCCGCUCAGCUUUCUCUUUGCUCCGCCCAUCCCUUCUGGAACAGCCUCUCCUCUGUGGCAUCUGGUUUCCCAGGCUGCACAAGGGGCCUCGCGUUAUUGUGGGUCUGGGUUUAGUGGGGGAGCUGGGCCUGCAGCCCUGCCGUUGUGGGUACCCAUUAAACAGCAGUUGCAUCACC